CAUCAAAACUAGGAAAAAUAACGAGGAAUGGCUGUGGAAGAGCUUCAGUCCAUAAUAAUGAGAUGUCAAAUCCUAGAAGAACAGUACUUUAAAGAAGAAGAUUUUGGCCUAUUUCAGUUAGCAGGCCAAAGAUGCAUAGAUGAAGGGCAUAUAGAGCAGCUAUUAGAAAUUAUUCAAAAUGAAAAGAAUAAGGUCAUUAUCAAGAAUAUGAGCUGGAAUCUUGUUGGUCCUGUUGUUCAAUGUCUUUUGUGGAAUAAGGAAUAUGAGAAAAGAAAAUAUUAUUAUCUGAUGCUUGAUUUAUUGGUAAAGUUAUGUAAUCCAAAGGAAUUAUUGUUGGGUUUGCUUGAACUGAUUGAAGAGCCCUCUGGAAAACAGAUAUCCCAAAUUAUCCUUCUUUUACUUCAGCCAUUACAAACACUGAUUCAGAAACUUCAUAACAACAAGGCAUAUUCGGUGGGAUUAGCAUUGUCCACUCUUUGGAGUCAGCUAUCUCUCCUUCCCGUUCCAUACUCAGAAGAACAAAGACAAACAGAUGACUAUGGCCUUUGUCAGUGUUGCAAGGCCUUAACAGGGUUCACUAAGCCUUUUGUGGAAGAAGUCAUUAAUGACAAAGAAAACUCACUGGAAGACGAAAAUGAAAAGUUAAAGGAUGAAUUACUGAAAUUUUGUUUCAAAAGCUUGAAAUGCCCUUUGCUGACAGCACGAUUCUUUGAGCAGUCCAAAGAAGCUGGGAAUGAUCCCUUAAGAUGAUUUGCAUCUGAAAUAAUAGCUUUUUUAUCAGCAAUUGGACAUCCUUUCCCCAAAAUGAUUUUUAAUCAUGGAAGGAAAAAGAGGACUUGGGACUAUCCUGAAUUUGAGGAAGAAGAAGACAAACCAGACUCUAUGGCUUCUCUGGCCUAUCUGGUAUUUGUACAGGGCAUCAGUAUUGAUCAGCUUCCAAUGGUCUUAAGCCCAUCGUACCUUUUGCAAUUUAAUAUGGGGCAUAUUGAUGUCUUUUUGCAAAGCACAGAAGAGUCUGUUUUCUCCAAAGGAGUGGAUCUGUUGGAGAAUGGUUUAUUGAGAAUAGAAGACAACAGUCUACUUCACCAGUACUUAGAAAUCAAGAGCUUUCUUACUGUACCUCAGGGCUUAGUCAAAGUAAUGACACUUUGCCCCAUUGAGACAUUGAGGAAAAAGAGUUUAGCUAUGCUUCAACUGUAUAUUAACAAGUUGGAUUCACAAGGCAAAUAUACGUUAUUUAGGUGCUUAUUGAAUACAAGUAAUCAUUCAGGUGUGGAGGCUUUCAUUAUUCAGAAUAUCAAAAAUCAAAUUGAUGUGUCAUUAAAGAGAACACAUAACAAAUGGUUUACAGGGCCACAGCUGAUCUCACUUCUAGAUUUGGUACUCUUUCUCCCAGAGGGUGCUGAAACAGAUUUACUCCAAAACUCAGAUAGGAUAAUGGCUUCAUUAAAUUUAUUGAGAUAUUUGGUUAUCAAAGAUAAUGAGAAAGACAAUCAAACUGGACUAUGGACAGAACUUGGAAAGAUUGAGAAUAAUUUCUUAAAGCCACUCCAUACAGGAUUUAAUAUGUCAAAAGCACAUUAUGAAGCAGAAAUUAAAAAUAGCCAAGAAAAUAGCCACGAAGUCCAGAAGUCUAAAGAUCUUUGUUCUGUAACUGUAGGUGGAGAAGAGAUCCCUAAUAUGCCUCCUAAAAUGCAGCUUAAGGUCCUACAUUCAGCUCUUUUCACAUUUGAUUUGAUUGAAAGUGUUCUGGCUCGAGUAGAAGAACUCAUUGAAAUAAAAACAAAGUCUACCCCUGAAGAAACUAUUGGGAUAAAGUGAAACCUCCAUUUCCUAAAUAAAAACUAGUAAAA